AUGAUUUUUGAAAACACAAGUACAAAGGCAGCCCAAGAAAUUGGUGGUUUGUGCAACGACGACCGAGAUUUGUCCAAAGGCGAAGUUAUGUUGCUUGGUGAUACUAUUGCACAUCCUGGAGAAGCAACGGGAGCAACGGGACAGGAUAAUAAUAUGAAUGCACAUUUAAAUAGUGAAGAUCAUGCCGAUGUAGGUAUUACAACAGAUGGUGCCGUGGAGAAUAGAACCGAAUCAACUCACAUUAAUAAGCGACAAAAAAAAUCACCUAUCUGGGCAGAUUUUACAAAGAUUAAGGAUGAUAAUGGUGUCACCAAGGUGUGUUGCAACCACUGUAAAAAGCUAUUUACAAGGAACAAGACUACAACAACUCAAUUCCACAGGCACUUGCAAUCAUGUCGUGUUUUUCAAAAAGAAAAGGCUGCACGAGAUAAGGGUAAAUUUUCACAAACACAAAUUGGUUUUCUUCCAACAACUGUAGAGCUAUCUUUUUUUCCAGCAUUACGUGAUGGGAAAUUUGAUAUGGAAAAAAUGAAAGAAGCGGUAGCUCAUUGGAUUGUGAUGCAUGAGCAUCCUUUCUCCAUUGUAGAAGAUGAAGGAUUUAAUUUGAUGCAGAGACUGGGAAUGCCUGAGUGGAGAUCAUUUACUAGAAUCACGGCAAAAAUUAUUUACGUGAAAGUGUACGACGUGGAGAAGCAGCAGCUGAAAGUUGUAUUGAAGAAUGUGAAUAAAAUUAGCCUUACUACAGACUGGUGGAAGUCGAAGAAUCAAAAAAUUGAGUACAUGGUCAUAACUGGUCAUUGGAUUGAUCAAAGCUGGAUUUUACAAAAACGUACGCUCAACUUUGUCCAUCUUCCACCCCCUCGUCGAGGUCUUGAUAUUGCAAAUGCUGUCUGGCGGUGCUUGGAAGAAUGGGGAAUCGAUUCUAAGGUUCACACUAUAUCUGUUGAUAAUGCUUCAGCGAAUGAUACUGCAAUUGACAACUUAAAGAUUUUUAUCGAAACACAAGAUGGUCUUUCUCAGAUUAAAGACAUCAUAGAAGUUGUCCGUGAUAGUGUCGAGUACAUUCGACGAUCAGAUGCAAGAUUGAAGAUAUUCUCGGAGAUUGUGAAGCAAUUAAACUUGCGAGAUAGAAAGUUGGUAGAUGAUUGUCGGACAAGAUGGAACUCUACAUAUGAGAUGUUAGCAACUGCUAUCAAAUUUAAAGACGUGUUUCCACGGUUUGCAGAUCGAGAGCCUCAUUUUGAAAAAUGCCCAACUAAUGAAGAUUGGAAAAAAGUUGAGAAAGUGUGCUCGGUAUUGAAGGUGUUCUGGACAGCUACACAUAUCAUUUCUGAAAGUGAUUAUCCAACCUCAAACUUAUUUCUUAAUGAAGUAAGUAGAGUGAAGGUAAUGUUGGAUCAAAAGUCAUCAGAUACUGAUUCUUUCAUCCAGGAAAUGGUCAAGAAAAUGAAAAUCAAGUUUGAUAAGUAUUGGGGGGAGUCUGAUUUACUUAUGUCUGUAGCAACUGUGUUGGAUCCUAGAUGUAAGAUGAGGGCACUUCAAUUUCGUUUUCCCAAGAUUUAUGGGCCAAUACAAGGCGAGAGAGAAAUUAUACGUGUUCGACAAACUCUAUAUCAACUUUAUGCCGAGUAUUCGGCGCAACAAAAUAGUGAAGAGUCGAGCGGGGAGAUAGGAAGCGGAAGUUCUCAAAAUCAGCAGGGUAAAAGCUCUGAAUCUUUAUGUGGUUGGUCCGAGUAUGUUGAUUAUUUGAAGUCCGUGGAAUCAGCUCAACCAAAAAAAUCCGAGCUUGAUAUGUAUCUUCAAGAAAAAUGUUAUAUGUCCAAUAAAGAAGAUGGACGAGAAUUUGAUGUUUUGGAGUGGUGGAGAGUUCAUGCCAUGAAAUACAACAUAUUAUCAGUAAUGGCAAGAGACAUUUUAGCCAUUCCGAUCACCACAGUUGCUUCAAAGGCUUCGUUUAGCGCUGGAAGUAGAGUAAUCGACAAAUAUCGUGCCUCAUUGGCUCCGGAUACAGUGCAAGUUUUGAUGUGUGGAGGAGAUUGGUUGAGAAAAAAAUUUGGGGUAAAAAAGAAGUCCAAGAAUGAGAAGAAAGCAAUACAAGUCUUUCUUCCGGUUGAUGAUGAAGUUAUCAUGAUUAACGUGGAUUAUGUGUUGCGUUAG